AGAAAUUUUUUUUUUUCCCUAUAGCUUUAAAUAAUGUUUCACACAUAAGAUGUGAUGCAUGUUUUCUCUUAGGUAAUCCGGUCGUUAAUAUAAAUCCAGUUUACAGUUAUUACGGCGAAGCUGUCAUUUUUAAAUUAAAUCACCGCAGAGCAGAUAAGGUACGACGUUACAUUUAGAUUCACUCAUCUUCAGAUGAAAAUUUUAAAAGCUAAAAAAGCUCUUCAGGUUUGGCCGGAGGUGUGAAAAAAACCUCGAACAGUGUGGGCUGCUACUAGUUCUGCUGAUCAAGCAGAUUCUAUAGGUAAACAAUAAGGACUUUGAAAAGAAAAGGUAUUCUUUGCACCUAUGCUGUCAUCCAUAUACAUAUAGCAGCAUACUAAAGGAUGAAGAGUUGUCAAGAAGUUUUCAUUCUUAAACUAACUCUAACUUGAAUCACAAAUAAAGCACCUUUUAGACCAAAAGGGGUGACGUUGACCACAGAAAGAGAGAGAGACGGGGACUGACAGAAGAGCAAGGGUUUGGAGGAGGAGGAGGCGACGAAGGAGGAGGUCUCAAAGGUUUGGUAAAGGCCAUUCUCCAUGGCUACAGACCCAGGAGAGCCCACAGGCACUGAGGACUCUUCUGAGAAAGCAGAUGGAAAAAAUGAGGAGGAAAAUAAGCAGGAGGUCAGAACAGACAAACAGAGGGAGAGGACACCUAACUCCUCUCUGGACUUCCCCUCCACCCAGACUCAAAUGGACACACAGAAAGGGGGUUACAAUAGAGGUGGAGGAAAUAAAGAAGAUGCCUUCCAGAAGUUUGAAGAGACCCCAGUGCUAGCCUCAAUGCCUUCAUUCCCCGUUGAUACUGGUCAAAAACGGAUGAAACGGGAAAAGCGCUUCUUUCGAAAGAGUGUAGAGAUCUGUGAGGCAGAUGAUGAUGAAGUCAUACCUCCCGACGCUCCCCACAGUGCCCCCCACCUGGAGCUUCACUCCACAGAUUCAGUUUUUGACAACAUCCAUCAACAAGGAGCUGCCUCUUCCUGUUUACCCUUGGGACAUGAUCCCGCUCAGGGCCACGAGCCUGGAAAAGAUGUUCCUUCAUCUGCACCAACUCUGAGUGUGAGAGAGAGGGACCGUGAGCAGGAGGAGGAGACAGAAAUGAAGGCGGUAGCCACUUCUCCUGGUGGAAGGUUUUUGAAGUUUGACAUUGAACUGGGAAGAGGAGCAUUUAAGACUGUGUACAAAGGCCUGGACACAGAGACCUGGGUGGAAGUGGCUUGGUGUGAACUGCAGGACCGUAAGCUAACCAAAGCAGAGCAGCAACGUUUCAAGGAGGAGGCAGAAAUGUUGAAGGGACUUCAACAUCCCAACAUAGUCCGCUUUUAUGAUUCCUGGGAGUCUGUGCUGCGUGGAAAGAAGUGCAUUGUACUGGUCACCGAGCUCAUGACAUCUGGAACACUCAAAACCUACCUUAAGCGCUUCAAGGUGAUGAAACCCAAAGUCCUCAGAAGUUGGUGCAGACAAAUUCUGAAAGGCCUUCACUUCCUUCACACCAGGACUCCACCGAUUGUCCACCGAGACCUCAAGUGUGACAACAUUUUCAUAACAGGCCCCACAGGAUCAGUUAAAAUAGGUGACCUGGGACUUGCUACCCUUAUGAGGACCUCAUAUGCAAAAAGUGUCAUAGGAACCCCAGAGUUCAUGGCCCCAGAGAUGUAUGAGGAGCACUAUGAUGAAUCUGUCGAUGUUUAUGCCUUUGGGAUGUGUAUGCUAGAGAUGGCUACUUCCGAAUAUCCCUACUCGGAAUGCCAAAAUGCUGCUCAGAUCUAUCGCAAAGUCACAAGUGGUAUUAAACCAGCCAGCUUUGAUAAAGUAAAUGACCCAGAAAUCAAGGAGAUUAUUGAGGGCUGCAUUCGUCAGAACAAAUGCCAGAGACUCUCAAUCAGAGACCUCCUGAAUCAUGCAUUCUUUGCAGAAGAUACAGGAGUCAGAGUGGAACUGGCAGAAGAAGACACAGGCACACAGGACUGCCUGGCUCUCCGGAUUUGGGUUGAAGACCCCAAAAAGCUGAAGGGGAAACACAAGGACAAUGAAGCCAUUGAGUUCACCUAUGACCUGGAGAAUGACAGCGCUGAGGAAGUUGCUUUAGAAAUGGUGAAGUCAGGCUUCUUCCAUGAGAGUGAUGCAAAAGUAGUGGGAAAAUCCAUCCGAGACCGAGUGAAUCUAAUCAAAAAGUCAAGAGAGCGUCGGCAGCAGCAGCUUUUUCAUCAAGGCUUUGAUGACAGGAGAGAUUCUACCAUCUCCUCUUAUGUCUUCUCUUUUCCUUCAUGCCCUUCGUCACUAAUGGUUGGAACAGCUGGACAAACAGGAGGUGCAGAAAGUGGAGCUGGAGGAGUGGUUCAGGAGUCAGAGGAGCUCCCUGAAGUUGAUCAGCAUGUCAGACAGCAACAUAUGCUUGGUGUGACAACCCUUAGCUUGCCAGAAACUGGAAGUGUUGGGUCUGCCAGCUGUGAAUCCUAUGCAAGUGGACAGAGCCAGGCACUCUCUCUACAAGGGGAACCCUACUCCCACUCUCAGAUAACUCCUCAACCUUUGAUAUCUAACUCUGGCGCAUUCACUGAAACUCCCAAACUGGGCCCUGGCGAGACUGGAGGUGUUCCAAAUCUGCCGGUAUCUCAGAGUGUUAGUUUGUCCAAUGUUUGCAUCCCCAAUAUCGAAGGGGGACCUGUUGGCCAGGUGUUUCUUCAACCUACUGCCGUUGUUCCACAGAUAUCUCAGAGUGUAGCGCAACAACACUUUCAGCAGUCACAAACAUUUCCAUCAGAUGCAUUCCAAACGGUCACUGCUCCUGUGUCCAUGGCUCCCUCACAGUCAAACAUACAUGCAGUUUCUCCACAAGCUCCCAUUAAUGUUUUUCCUUCAUCCAUGUCAGUUAGCGACCCUACUGGACUUGCAGGGACCAUUGUGCCCCACACUCUGCCAACUCAGCUACCUGUUGCUCUCAUGCAGCAGAGUGACAUUACUCCCCACUCUGCUCCUCAGCAAACACAGCAUGUUGUUAGUCCACACCAGUCCAUUACUCCACAACAAGCAGACAUGGUCCACCAGACUGCUACUCAUCAGCAGCAACCACAUCAGCUCGCACUGGCUGAACAGCAACAGACUAUUGCAACUCAGCUGUUGCCAGAAAAGCAUCAUCAUAGCCUUACAGCUGCAACAGUCCAGUCUGAGCAGCAGAUUACUCUAAAUCCCCCACUCCAGUCAACUUCUCAACAGCAAGUGAUGAUCACACAAACAAAUGUGGAGACGCAAGCUUUGUUAUUGCCACUGCCAGGGGAGCAAGCUCAGGCCUAUGAACUGCAACCGACAGGAGAAACUUGCGAGCAAACUUUCAGAAAAUCACAACAACUACAGCAACAGCUUCAGCAACAGCAAACACUAUUACAACAGCAACAGCAGUUACUUCAGCAUCAACACCUGCUACUCCUUGAAAGACACCCAAUAUAUGCGCAUAAGGUUGAUCAGCAGCAACAAAUAGCUCUGAUUCAGCAACAGGAGCACCAGACACAACUCCAACAGCAGACAGCAAUACAACACAAGCAAUUGUUGGAUCAGCAUCUUGCUCCUGGGUUUUCAACAUUUGAACAGCAAAAUCAAGGUUAUCUCCAUCAAGGACAACCUACACAGACACAAAUGCAACAACAGCCACAGAUUCCCUCACAGCAACAGCAGAAACAUCAGUUAUAUCAGCAAACAGGACAACAGCAGGAAGGAAUAUUGCAAACAGGACUAGAGGCACAAGAACGAACUGGACAACAGCAACAAAACACUAUACUGCAGCAACAAUCUCAGCAGACGCAACAGCAAAGCAUAUUCAAGCACAUGGAACAACAACAAGCAUUCAUGCAACAGCAUUUGCAAAAGCAGAUCAUCUUAAAGCAGUCCCAGCUGCAACAGGCAGCUCAGCUGCAGCAGCAAGAAUUAAAACAAGUACAACUUGAACAAAGCUUAGAGUAUCUGCAGCAAGCUCUGUUGCAGAAGAAGCUUGAAAAUCAUCUUCAGCAAGUUGCCUUAGACAGACAAAAUGCAGUCCUUCAGCAACAGGCCCAAAUGAAACAUCAAGAACAGCAAGCUCCCACCACUCAGCAUCUACAGCAAGCUGAAAAACAAGAAUCUGUGCCUAUACCUCAAAGUAGCAACACCUCGCAAAUGGAGACACAACCUGCUAAUGUGCAGGAGGUGUCUACUCCACAACUUAUAACUCUUCAGGCUGCACAACAGUCAGCCAGACAUGAAACUAUGGAGAAGCAGCAGGAGGUACAACUUAUCCAACAACAGCAGCAAGCUGUUGGUGCUGAGCCACAACAACACACCUCUAUCAAAUCUCAACUUUUAGUGGGUGUUCCUGUGAGCAUCGAGGGACUCCAACCACAAAUUCAAGUCCCAGUGACCAUCCAGACUAAACCUAUUCCUCUCCCGACAGCUUCAGUGUUCUUGGGUCAGCAAGGACAAAGUUCCUUUCACACCCCGAAUCAGAACCAAAUUCCAACCCAGUUUUUAGUCCCGUCUUUGCCCCAAGCCCCACCAGCUACAACUGCAGUCAGUGUAUCUACCCCAACAGCCAUGAUCCAGGGACAAACGCAAUUGCAGACCCAGCAAAUUCCAUUACAGGCUAGUUAUCCUGGACCUGUAACUCCCACACAGGCUGAGGUAGCUGCUCAGUCAUUAAUCCAGAAUCAGCCUCAACACACAACUAUUGUACAGCCCCAGGUUGCACAUGGUCAAGUCCCAAACAUCAAUAUUCAGAUGAUGGGCCAACAAAACCAAGCCACUAAUCAACAUUCUAAUGCAAUUGCCUCUCUCCCAAGUCCAAAACAACAAGAAACUUAUGCUCAGCAAAGUACUUCACAGCAAGGUUUCAGACAGACCCCUGUCCAACAAGAAACAAAAGGCCAACUGCUUUGUCAGGGGCAUCCCAACCCUGGAUUUAUGAGUCCACAGCACGCCUCACAACCUCUCCCCCAAGCCAUGCCAUCUUUGCAGCACAAUAUGACCCAUAUUUCACAACAUCAGGUGCUUCAGCAACCACUAGUGCAGUAUCAGCAGAUGAUUCUGUCUCCAGGCUCAACUGAGAUUGCUGUGACAACUACUGAGAGUCUUGCUCCAUCGGUUGACCCUGCUAGCCACCCUGUUUCUCAUCUUCCAGUGCAAACUGGACAAGGGGUAGUUCCAGGACAAACAGCACUAUAUCCAGUUCCUGCAGCCCAGCAGAAGUUCCUCGGAAGCUCUGUGGACUCUUUCAUCAUUCAGUCAUUAAUGCCUCAGUCUGUUGAGCAGUUACAAAAUCAUCCUCAAGUUCCUGAACCCCAAGGAAAUUCUACAACACAGCUUCAGUUAACUGCACAGCUAAUCCAAACUGCAACCCAGCAACCAUCUCCUCUAGAGCAACAUUUGACAACACUUGACAAAAGUCAGUUUCCUCCUCAGUAUCCCCCUACUUCACAUCAGACUAUACAGAUUCCUGCACAGUCAGGUUCCAGUAAUGUUUCUUUGCUUCAGUCACCCAACGCAUCCCUCCCACUUUAUAGCCACUUAGAGGCAGAGGCUCCUCCAUCUCAACAGCACCAUGCCAAACAUCUGCUGCCAGCUCACACUUAUACACAAACCUGCAUUGAGCCCCAGACAUACUAUCAAACACAGACACAGGUUCAAACACAAAGUCAUUCUCACACUCAGCCAGACCACCAGAAACCUAUGUCUGAAGAAUCUUUUUUGUGUCAUGCUAUGUGUCCUCCACAACAACUUCCCCUCAGCCCCUCGUGCCUCUCCACCACACUACCCUCUGUACCAUCCCAACAACCCGUCCCAGCUGCAGAGCUUCCCACAUCUUCAACAGUAGCUCAGGUAUCUUUACCUGGCCAGCCAUCCUUUGUUCCCACCUCUCCUCAACCUGUCUCUGCUAUACAAUCGCUUGACUCUAAUGCUCCUAAACUACCCCAAGCCUCGCUGCAAGAUUGUGAUAUUUCCCUGCCGGCCAUCGCUCAGGUACAUGAAAUGGUUGAACUUUAUAACAUAUUACCAGUAAUGAUAAUAAUAAUAUGUGAAUGUUUACCAUUAUGGCAAUUGAUCUUUUUGUGUGUGCAUAUGUGUUUUCCUUAUAUCCAUGUUUUGUCUAUGAAUACUCUGCAGGAUGGUCUAUCCCUUGCAAGUGCAGAAUGUCAUUCUUCAACAGGGUCUGUUUCAGCAAAUGGAGAAGACACUCUACAUAAUCUGGCAAAUGGAAAGACUGAGAAGUCGAAGUCUCAGAAAAAAAAUUCCUCUCAGAAGCUUGAGAAAAGUUUGCAUCAGUUUCAACUCAGCAUGCUCCAAGUGUCUAGGAAGGGAGACAAUCUGGUAGAAUGCCAGCUAGAGACACAUAGCAACAAGAUGGUGACAUUUAAAUUUGAUAUUGAAGGAGAUGCACCUGAAGACAUUGCAGAUUACAUGGUAGAGGAGGAUUUUGUCCUAGAUAUAGAGAAAGAAAAAUUUGUGGAGGAACUGGUAUUGAUUGUGAAAAAAGCCCAGGAAAUUCUUCAGUCCCAAACACAGACUGGAUCAACUAACCAGUUACAAGUGAGCACUAGCUCUGUCAUGGAGUCAGUCCCCCAGUCGUCCCCAGUGGGUCGCUGGCGGUUCUUUAUCAACCAGACCAUUCGUCACAGAGACUCCCUGUCUGGCCAGGGUGCAGUCACACCUCCGCCCACUGCUGAGGCAAAAAUUCCCCAGUCUCCUCAAAAAGAUGAAGAAACAUAUUCAUCUCAGACUCUUGAGCCAGUCACUGAAAAGGUGUCUUCCCCUCACAACUCCUUUUCAUCUGCCUCAUCUUCAGCCUUAUCUCUCUCUGCCCCUUCAGCCACUAUAGCUAAGACCACAUCCUAUGAAACCAUUGCUGCUUUAGAUGACCACAUUACCAGUUGUCUUCCAACUACAGCAACAACAACUGCUGCUAGCAUCCCAAAAUUGUCAGAUGCUCCUGCUGUUGUGUCUCCUACAGCCACCACCAUAGUUUCUAGUAACCAAACCCCUGCAGUCACCAAUGUUUUCUCCACUGUACCUCAGAAUAUAGAAGGUACAAUGGGCAAUGCAUCAAGGCCCUCAGCAGCUGAAACGUCAUCAACCUCUAUUCACUCCACUCCUCUGGCUCUUGUAACUCAACUUCCCAUUGAAGAGCAGCAGGUGUUUACACAAAUGACCUGUCUAGUCCCACAACAAUCACAGCUGCAAGCAACAGCACAGCCGCAGCACUUAGCAAGUCCAUUUGAACAACAGAUACAGCAGUUAACACCAAAACAACACAUUUCCCAGUACCAGGGCAACCAAGAUCAAACUUUGCUGCUGCAAGAACAACCACUGCAACAGGAAGCACAAGUGCAAUUACACCUUCCUGAAGAUCCUGUGUUUCUUCAGUCGGGCCAAAGAGAGGUGCUGCAAGCAUCUACACUUCAGAUUCUGCAACCAAUGCCCCAAUCCCUGCCACCUCAACAGCAGCCUUUACAAUACGCCCCUCAGUUACCUCAGGAGCCUCUGUUUCAGCAGCCUACACAGACAGUUUCUGCCCCUCAGGCUCUUAUAGUUCCCCAGCAGCAAGAGCCACAGCAUCAACAGGGGACCUUGCAACAGAUGAUACAGCAGCAGCAAAUUAUGCAACUUCACCUGCAGCAACAACAGCAUCAGCUGUUUGUGGGUGUUGCAGCUCAAGGCCAAAUGUUUCCCACUUCCAUAAGUCAACAGUUUCUCCAACAGCAGGCACAGCUAAAUGUUACAGCUGUACCACAACAUCAGAUUCCACAACCAAGCCUAGUGCCUGCUGAGCCGGUGCAGCCACAAACGGUGCUUCUACACUCUGAGCUGCAAUACGAGAGAGCUAAAACCACAGAGGAAUUGCUGUGUGCAAGUCAGAAGCAGGCCUCUUCGCAUAUAUCAGAGUCUGAGGUGUCUGCAGGAGAGACGAGUGUCACAGAUGAAACAGGCCACUUUUCUGCCCCUUUUCACCCUUCAUCUGACCCCUCUCUGCCCCCUCUCCAUCUUGCCUCCACUGAAGCCCACCUACCCAGCCUCUCCUUCACAAUGACACCAUCCCCAGGUCAACCAUCUUCUGUGGCUGAGUCAGACAGCGAAGGUCCCCCGAAAAUUGAAUUUGGCGAUAACCGUAUUAAGACUUUGGAUGAAAAGCUGAGAAACCUGCUUUAUCAGGAGUGCAACAGCGGAGCAAUGGUAGCUGGGGCUGCCUCUGUUCCAACAUCAGCUGCCUCUAUGCCUUUUUACCCACCUGCCACUUCCACAGACACCUCCCGACAAACCACCUCCUCGACCAGCUCUUCUACCACUCCCCGCUCCUCUUCUACCUCCCCUGACCCAGAAAGAGGGGAAGAGGAACAUGAAGCUUCUUCAGAAGUGGGCGACGUUGUUCUGUCAGGCCCAGUAGAGGUACAACCUGGCCCCUCUCUCCCCUCUGGUUCUGCCUCAUCCACCAAGCCCACCUCUCCCAGUCUUGCUACUGGAUCCCAGGACUCAUUUGUAAGAGGAGAACCAUCCGUACCUGCUGUACACCCACACUCCGACACCAGUGCCGUCGGAGAUGCAUCAUGGCCUUUAAAUCAGCAAGCGAUCUCCCUCGAGCAUGGACAGCAGCAGCACAAUGCAGGAGGUGGAUAUUUUGGCCUAAACCUGACAUGUCCUAGUAUCAGAAAUCCGGUUAGCAAGAAAUCCUGGACUCGAAAGUUCAAAAACUGGGCAUGCAAACUGCGCCACUCCGCCAGCUUGUUCAAGAAGCCCAGAGUCCCACAAGAGGAACUUUCAUCCAGCCAGGCACUCGAAGUUGAUAAGAAGGAGACACAGUUAGGUUCACCUAAAGAACAAUUUCAGGUUAAUCCAGUUUCCCAGACCUCGCCUCCAAAGGAUCCGUUGUCUGGUAGCAUUCAUAGAAAAGUGGGGCGUUUCUCUGUGAUGAAAACAGAAGACAAACAGACUGACAGCUCAACAGUGUCUCCUGAUUUGGGAAGAGGCAGGAGAAAACCCCAGGCAAAGGAAUGGGACAAAGAAGACGGUAAGAUGACCCCAUUAAAGAGCCACCAUUCUCGUGGUUUUGGACACAGCCACUCCCCACUUGGCAGCAGUGAUGAUGAUGAUGAAAGUGAGUUGGGGGAUGAAGGGUUAAGAAAAGAACUGCAGAGACUAAGAGAAAAGCACAUCAAAGAGGUUGUCUCCCUUCAGGCCCAGCAGAACAGAGAGCUUCAGGAGCUCUACAGACAGCUUCGUUCUCUCAAAGACCAAAGACAGAGUUUACCUGCCUCUCUUUAUGGAACUCCUCCUUUUCCUGCUGCACCACCUGUUGUCUCUCCACGCAGGCCCAGGCUGGCCAAAGCCAAGCUUCGGGCCAGGCCUCACUCUCACAUGGACAACAAUGGAGUUCCACACUCUGGGGUUCAGCAGUCAACUAGUUUAUUGGGUGGUGAACCAGAUCUCAGCCCAUCUAGAAAAAGCACAUUUACAGACCAACUGCACAAGCUCGUUGACAAUUGGACAAAGGAGACAUUUGGUCCUGCUCCGAUCAAACCUUCGCUGAAUCAAAUCAAGCAGAUUCAGCAGGUCCAAGGAGGCUGGAGCCAGUCUGCAGAGGUGAUUAGACCAGGUUGGUUUCCAGGAACCCAGCUGAACCCCCAGGCAUCCUCUCCUUACGCAGGUGGAGGGACCCUGAACACCCUGCCCUCUCCAGCUCCUACACCUUCACAAUCGCACCUGGCUCAAGUACCACAGAUGCACCAGUGUUUACACCUCCAUCAGCCUCCCCCUAUUCACCAGAUGACCUAUCAGCAGUCCCCUUUGUGCCAACAAAUUCCACAGCCUCGAUGCAAACCCCCAUACAGUCGCAGACACAACCCACCAUCCUGCUGCCCCAACCAACACCUCAAAGCCAACCGCUGCUGCCUUCCCAAACCCCCACAUUAACGGCGUCCACGACCACAUCUAUGCUGCAUGUCGACGGACCCACCGUAACUACCGACACCACAGGGACCGGGGGUUCAUUUUGCUCCUGUUCCUCACCCUCCUCCACUUGUUCCUCAUCUUGCUCAACUGCUGCCCUGCCUUCCAGUGCCAAAACUCACCCAACAGCUCCCUCCUCUUCUGUUCCUUUGGAAGAAAAAGUAAAACCAGGAGAAUUGAGAGAUAAAUAAGUACCAAUCAAUGGUAAUAACAAAUGAAGCAGAACAUAAAUCAGAUUCAUUUGGAGUGACAAUCAAGUGCAAUGUGUGUGGGGGACCUGUGAGUGAAAUAAAUGUAUGUUUUACAGCUAGGUUGUGGCUAAGAAAAUAAAUAAAUGUGAAAGAAAAAAAUAACAGAUUAAUGAAAAAGUCAGUGGCUGGAGUUACAAAUGAUUGAUCGCUGUCUUUUAUGUAUGAGUUUACAUAUGGCUCCAGCGCUUUUAAACAUUUGAGAACAUAUCACACAACGACCUCAGUUGGAUAGAGAAAAUAAACUAUUUUUACUUGCAAACAAACUGCUGGACCUGAAAGCUCUCACAGCUGGGAGAACAAGGACACAAAAUUUUAUUGUUGCAGUAUUUUUGGCUCAGUCAGCCAGCCUACAAUAAAACAACUACCACAUUUAAAA